CGCUUGAGCGGAAUGGUUGCGGCGAUGACCACCACCAGACGCAUCUCGUUCAGCGUCGACGCCCUUCUCGGAGGGACCACGACGUCGGUUGCCCCUGAGCCCCGGGCCAGCCCUGACGCACCCCCGGCCAGCCCGGACUCGACCUCGAGUAUUUCCAUCGGCAGCCCCCCCAGCAGCCCCCCUGCCAGUCCGCCGCUCGCCCAUCCAAGGGCGCUCCACCAGCGGCCGCCCAGUUUGGCCGUUUGGCCGCCGGGCUUCCCUUUGGCACCACCUUUCACCUGGAUGCCGCACUUUGGUCAGGCAUCGCCAAACAGACUGUCUCUUGGAGGUGGAGAAGGUGCUCCUCGUCUGACUGUGGGUCCCAUGCGUUGCACUUUGCGGAAGCACAAGCCGAACCGGAAACCCCGGACGCCAUUCACAACGCAGCAGCUCAUGUCCCUGGAGAAGAAAUUCCGCGAAAAGCAGUACCUGUCAAUCGCCGAGCGGGCAGAGUUCUCCAGUUCGCUGCACCUGACGGAGACGCAGGUCAAGAUUUGGUUCCAGAACCGCCGCGCCAAGGCCAAACGCCUUCAAGAGGCCGAAAUCGAGAAACUCCGACUGUCCGCUCGACCUCUCCUUCCACCCUCGUUCGGACCCCUAUUCCCAGGCCCAUUUUUCGCCGCCGCCGCGGCGGCCGCCCUUCAGCACCACCAGCACCAUCGACCUCCACUUUUCCAACCUCCGCCGCCCCCACGGCUUGAAUAGCCCAAAUCACCUCAUUAAAGUGUUGGACCCAGUAUAGGAGCCGAAAACCGGCCUUUUAACAAAAGUGAAGUCAAAUUAUCUCGACUGCACGGUUUUUUUCUUACAAAAUCAACCGGCUUAUCGCAAAAAAUGCACUGCGGGCCACAUCCGACUGCAAGCAGAUCUCAACAAAGUGCGCGACUUUAAGGUGCCAUAUAUAAACUUUCCCUGCGGAUCGAACUGACAAACGAAUGCGUGUACAGAAAGAAAUAACUCUUAUAAAUAUUAAAAAAAGAAAAUGUAUACCGAUUAAUGCGUAAGUUCGAUAAUAUGUAUCGAUAAUAAUUCCGUAAUGUGAUGUUCUAGCAUUUAAGUGUAAAUUUAAUUAUUGUAAAACUGUGUGAAAAAAAAGAAAAGUUCCCUAAAAUUUUAAAAUUAAAAUUUAAUGAUCUACUUUGUUGGUUCUGAAAUAAAAUUUGUAAAGUUCAAAUCCUCAAAAAAAUUAUA